CUCAGCUGUGAGCUGUAGCAGGGGCCUGUGGGGCACCAGGCAGCCCGGGGCUGCGGGUCGGGAUUGAGAGGCACCGGCGAGGCUCUGGGAGCGUGGGGGCGGUUUGCUCUGCACAGUGCUAGCUCUGGCUGGCAGCGUCACUUGGUCAGUUUUUGCCCCUCACCUUUGAUAUGAUCCUUUCCCCACGCCCAGCCCCAGGAGAUGUCCUGCAGGCACGGGCAGCGCGUGGCAUGGAGCUGCCUGAGGUGGAGGACAACGCGGAGUUCCUGGAGCGGCUGAUGGAGGUGACCUCGCGCAGCCUGCCCCAGCUGGAGCUGCAGGAGCAAUACACCAUCAUCAAGGAGCUGGGCAGCGGCACCUACGGCAACGUGCUGCUGGCAGAGCACCGGGAGCGAGGCACGGCCCUGGCAUUGAAGCUGAUGCCGAAGGAGAGGACGGAGCGGCGGGCAUUCCUGCGGGAGUAUUGCAUUGCGCUCUGCCUGUCUGCCCACGCUGGUUUCCUGCGCACUCUGCCCAUAGUCUUCGAGAGCCCCACCCACUUUGCCUUUGCCCAGGAACUAGCGCCCGCUGGGGACCUGUGUGCCAUCGUGCAUGACGGGGAGGGUCUCCCAGAGGCCCAGGUGAAGCGCUGCGCGGCCCAGCUGGCUGAGGCCCUGGACUUCAUGCACGGCAAAGCCCUGGUGCACCGGGACAUCAAGCUGGACAACGUGCUGCUCUUCGACAGCGAGUGCCGGCGGGUGAAGCUGGGCGACUUCGGGCUGACGCGGCUGGAGGGCACGCCCGUCUGCGCCAUGUCGGGCACUCUGCCCUACGCGCCGCCCGAGCUCUGCCUGCUCGAGGCCUCGGAGACGCUGGAGCUGGACGCCAGCCUGGAUGUGUGGGCCUUCGGGGUGCUGCUCUUCUGCCUCGGCACCGGCUGCUUCCCCUGGGACGUGGCUGUCAGCCCCGACCCCCAGUUUGAGGCGUUCGGCGCCUGGCAGAACAGCACGGUGCCAGGGGAGGCGCCGGCGCCCUGGAGGGCUUUCAGCACCGCCGCCCAGGAGAUGUUCCGGCGGCUGCUGACCCUCGACCCCAACCGCCGCAGCCCCGCCAUCGAGGUGCACAAGUACCUGCCCCUGGUCUGGCUGGCGAGCAGCCUCCGGGAGCUGGACGGUGCCGGGGGACUGGCGGGCCAGGGGCACAGCCAGAGCCUGGCCGGAGAGCAGCACGGUCAGGAACAGCCCCGACGCAGCCCAGGCGCUGCCUGCAGCACAGGCCCCCCCACCGAGAGCUCUGCCCAGCCUGGGGGGGGCAGGCCCCAGUCCGAAUUGGGGAAAGAGGUGCGGGGAGGGGAGGAAGGAGCAGAGGGAAAGGGAGGAGGCACUGGCAGGAGCGGAGGGGGAGGGGAGCCAGCACCCCCUGCCAUAGCUUCCAUCCCCUGCCACCCCUCUGUCUCCUUGGCCCCCAUCCCAAUCAGUUCCUGCUGAGGAGCCCGAGAUGAAGGGGCAGCCCGGGGCUCCCUGCCGGAGCUGCACUUGCCACAGCCAGAUAGGCCCAAGGGCUGGGCUCAAGGAGCCUGUUCCCCUCCGACAGCGCCAGCCCCUGCUGGGUGGGCAAAGGAGUCACUGCCUGCAUCUACAGCAAGUCAUGGGCGAUGAGCCCGGCCAUGGGGGGCACUCUGAGGUCAAGGUGACCCAUUGGCCAGGGGCUCCCAGCGCCGGGCUGUGGCUAAGGGGGCGAGCGCACGGCUGGGCUGGAUCAGCAAGGGGUACCCCGCAUGGUCGGGGAGGGUAAGUGGGACCGUUCCUCGGCCCUGGGCCCAGCUCGGGUGUCCUCACUGGGACAAGCGGGGAGGGGUCGAAGAGCUACAAGAAGGAUUUGGGGGCUGGGAACCUGCCGAGCUCAGUGGAUUCAGUGUCUCCGCCCAGAGGAGGGUCCGAGGAGCUGCAAUCCCAGCCUCUGGAUACCUGCCCAGGGAGGAGAUUUCAGAGAGCAGGGGGCUCUGUGCUCCCCCGGGGGCAAAGGCAGAGCCAGACCCACUGCUGAAGCCAGACUGAUGCAGGCUGGGAAUAAGGUGCAGAUUUUAGAAUGAGAACUAAUGCCUGGAGCAGCUUCCUGCAGGGUUGGGGGAUUCUCCUGACUCUGCUUUCUAAACCUUUGUCACAGAUCCACAGGAUCGGGGCUAUGGCCCCAGCUUUGUAACAGUCCCAUCAGUGUGCCAGACCCCCUAGGGCUCUCACUCGUUCUCCAGAGUAAGCCACAUGGCCUCACCGCCUCCUUAGGCCGGACCUCUGGUCUGCCAGCCCCCCUGCACCACCCCGUGAGCUCCGUUCAGGGAGUCCCACUGAGACAGACCCCUGUGGGAGACUAGUACAAUCGUAGGGAGCAACGCACCCCUCCACCAGCGUGUGCAAGGACACACAGCCAGCGCUGUCGCACGGGCGGGUUUAUUAGUCAACUGACCCCCAGUGCAGGAAGCCCUUGGUGAGCCCAGAGAAAUGACGGUUACAGCAGAGCCCAUUCUAGGUAGCCAGAGCUCAAAGCUCUGUCCCUGUGUCGCUCAGCCUGACCUCCUCCCUCAGUAGAGCCCUGCACGGAUACAAAUUUCUACCUGUGGAUGCGGAUAUCCGCAGAUAGAGAUCGGUAUCCACGGAACCACAGGACUCCCCUGGGAACAAGCAAGAGGUCCCCAGUGCUUGGCCUGGGUUAGCCCUGAAGACACGUAGACCUUGCUUGUCAUGGAAGCUUCUAUUGCUUUUGGAAAUUUAAGAGUGGAACUCGUUUGUGUGCGUGGGGGGGUGUUUACCUGCUUUAACCUUGUAAAUCAUCCGCUUGAUUCCUUUUCCUAGGAAUCAAUCUUUACCUAGUUUAUUACAGGAUUGGCUACAAGUGUUGUCUUUCGUGUGAGAUCUAAGGUGCAAUUGACCUAUGGCGAGUAACUGGUCCUUUGGGAGUGGGAGUCACCUGAAUAUGGCUCACCCACAUGGCCACAGGGAUCCAAGUGGUGGAGGCAACCACCAGAUGACUCCUACCCUCCCUGACAUACUCAGGGAUCCCAUCAUGGUGACCCCCCCCCCCCCCGCCAGCCUCAGAGAUCUAAUGGGAGCAGAAUCUGAGCACCCUUCAUCCAGGGAUUCACACACGCAUGUAGUGGCAGCAACACCCAGCCACAACCCACCUCUGCCCCCUCUGAACAAAUUCAGAAAUCCUGUGGGGGCAGUACCCAGCUCUCCUCUGCCUCCUCGCUGGCCUCAGGGAUCCAUUGUAGGCAGCGUCAGCACCUGGCCAUCCACCAGCCAGCACCAUGGAUCCGUUGGUGGCUUCAUCUGGCUGCCCCCCCACCCCCGCGCUGGCCUGAGUGAUCCGGUGUUAGUGACACCAGGCCUGCCCCUCCGUCAGGGAUCAAGUGGCAGCCACAACGGGCUGACUCCACCCACCACCACCCUCGCCAGCCUCAGGUUUGCCAAGGUGGUGGUGGUACCCAGAUAUUCCCACUCCCUCAGCUAGCCUCAGGGAUCCAGUGUCCAUGGUAUCCAAUGUAGUAAGAUGAGGCCCUGAAACAUAAACCCUAAUAUCAGAGGUCCGGUAUGAGGCCUAAGGCCUGAACUAAAGUAAUGGUCAAGACUUUGCUAACAUAAAGCAGAGUUAAGCUGUGAGCCAGAGGCGGGCCCUGCUCACAAAAGUUGGCAAGAAGAAGGCUGCUAAUUGGACGUAUACACAUAUCUAAAGGGUAUCAAGCACUAAUAGGCUAACCAUGGGCCAGGAU